UCAACAGGGGAAGCUCCUCAGUCCACACACCGCACCUCCACUCCAACUGGAUUCUCUACAUCCUAUAUAUAUAUAUUAUAUAUACAUAUAUAUGUGUUCUUCGCCUGGACGGGCCAUUGCCUUCUUCCUUCUUUACUGUUUUUCUUUUUGCGUGUUUUUUUUUUAAGGUGAGGACAUCGUGGCAGGACGCACAUUGAAGGGAACUUGGAGAGUGUCUGGACGGACAGACUGCCUCUUUUGCUGAGCUCAUCAAGCCACUUUGUGUCCAUAUGGCUUAUUUUCACUUUGUUAGAGAGGACGCCGGGUGAAAAGCCCAAAGCAAGGCUCUCAGUUACCAGCCAAAACCCACGUUGGCAUGAACAUGAAGAUUAAGGCUGCGGCGUCGACUCAUGUGAAACCGUGCAUUCGCUAACUGGCGUCAGGAGGAGCUCUUCCAUGAUCACAAACAAUUUUUGUGUUUGAAUCCCUUUCAGUUUUUCAUUUUCCACAGCCAUGGCAUAGAGGACCUUGAAGGAGUUUAGACUAUUUUGGCACAUAGGCAGUAUUACAAUUUCCCCUUGGGCUAUAAACUGAAUGUUUUUAGUCCAUUAAAAAUAUAUUAUUUUUUUUUGCCCUAAAAUGAGACGCCUAAUUAUAUCUGGCUCUUUGUCACAGUCAAACCACUUUACAUCUUGCUUAAGCAAAGGUUCCUAUAAAUAAAUUCAGCCAUCCACAUAGAUUAGUGUUCUCACAAUGGUUUUACAAAAGCAUCACAGUGCCCGUUUUAUUUGGGUCGGCCUGCUUAUUUGUGGCUACGUCGAACUUGGCACUUGUCUGGAGUUUACAGGUGCAGAGGGACAGUGGGCACGAUUCCCAGUAUGGAACGCGUGCUGCGAAAGCGAAAUGAGUUUCAACAUGAAAACAAAGAGCUCCCACGGGCUGCUGGUUUACUUUGACGACGAGGGAUUUUGCGACUUUCUGGAACUCUUCAUUCUCAACGGGAGACUUAGCCUUCGUUUCUCCAUCUUCUGCGCCGAGCCCGCCUCCGUCGUAUCCGACGCGGCGGUCGAUGACGGCCAGUGGCACGCCGUCACCGUACGGAGAAACUUUAAGAACACGACCCUGGUGGUGGACGAUGAUGUCAAAUGGGUGGAGGUGAAAUCCAAAAGACGGGAUAUGACCGUUUUCAGCAAUUUGUUUGUGGGCGGCAUCCCGCCGGAGUUGCGGUCUGUGGCGUUACGUCUUACAUCCGCCGCCAUUAGGGAUCAGGCGCCUUUCACCGGCUGGAUAACAGACAUAAAGGUCAACAACACGGCAUCUGUCGUGGUGGACAGCGCAGGACUCUUAAAGGACCUUUGUGGUGCAGCUAACAUGUGCUUGAAUGGCGGAGUGUGCAGCUUAAUCAACAACAAGCCCACAUGCGACUGUUCUGACACUGGAUUCCAAGGAACGGACUGCAGUGAAGGUAAGCCGUGCACACGCUCAGUUGGUACAAAAUGUCCUCUGUAGCUAAAUACGGAGUGAAUUAAAUUCCCUAUUGCAAUCAACAUCCCUUCAAAAAGUGACUCACCUCGCUCCUCUAUUUAGUG